AUGGGUGAAAUACCCGAGUCACGUAAUGUCUGGAGGUCAGAGCUUAGAAAGCAAGAGUCAUCACUCUCAGAUACACGUAAGCUAGUGCUGCAAUUCUACGACAGCUGGAAACUUCAGAGCCCUCAGGGAUUUGUGAACAACUAUCGCUUCCGAUGGACAAAUAUUUCUGAGUACAACUUCUUCAAAAAGGCGUUUGACGACACGACCGCAUACCUUGACAGGUUUUUGGAAUUCGCUGCGAAUGAUGACAACCACCGGGCAUGGAUAUACAGACUAUUGAUACGUUUUCACAUCUCCAUCAAUUCGCGAAGCGCCGAACAGGCCGAAAAGAAUAUCAAGAACAAUGUAGUACGGCGAGAUGAGUUGCUUCCGGCCAGUCUAGAUCCGAUCUUCAAAGAGCGCGCUUACAUCUACGCCGAGAACGUACCCAUAUUUGUGGAAGAGAUGGAGAGGUGUGAUAUCAUUAAUCCCGAAAAGAACAUCUCGUAUGAAGACAUAUGGUGGAUAUUGAUGGUGCGGCUGCAUACAUGGACUAUGAGCGUCGGCUGGGUCGUUGACAGAGGAGGCGUGAAGAUACCGAGCGAAUACUACUAUAGUCUAGCUCGAGUGUACAUCUUGUAA